CUGAGACUGUUGCUGACACAAGUCUGAAUGACAUGCCGGUUUACUGACUUCAGAGAGCAAUAUUCUUUAUCAAAUGAAACUAAUAUACUCUUGACCCGCAUGUACAAAACCAGGAUUUGAAGGCGACAGAUUCUUCACAAUCAUGCUAAAGCAGUUUAACAUCUUAAAACAGUUUGGAAAUGGGGGGAAGUCACAGGAUGCAACUGAUCUUCUCUCAGAGGAUCUUGUUUUGGUUGAACAGCGUGUGGAGCCAGCAAAGAAAGCUGCCCAGAUCAUCUACAAGAAGUUGGUAGGCUGCCUACAGAGUCAGCAGGGACUGGACUCAGAGAGACGGAUGAAAAAGUUACCCCUCAUGAUGCUGUCUGUCAGUAUGGCCGAGAGCUUUAAGGAUUUUGACGGCGAUUCCUCCAUAAGAAAAGUUCUGGAAAUGUGCUGCUUUAUGCAAAAUUUCCUGGCACGGACUCUGGCUGACUUUGAGAUGAAGUUGGAAAAAGAAGUUCUUGUGCCUCUGAAUAAGCUCAGUGAGGAGGACCUGCCAGAGAUCUUGAAAAACAAGAAACAGUUUGCUAAACUUACAACAGACUGGAAUAAUGCUCGUGUCAGAUCUCAGGCCAGCACAGGCCCACAGGCCAAGCAAGACGGACUACGAGAGGAUGUAGAGGAGGCAUGGAAAAGACUGGAGUCUAUAAAGGAUCAGUACUCUGCAGACCUCUAUCAUUUUGCCACUAAAGAGGAUGAAUACGCCAGCUACUUCAUCCGUCUUCUAGAGCUACAAGCUGAACAUCACAAAGCCUCAUAUGAAUUCCUGGAGAAAAACAUAACCGAGCUCAAAGAGAGUCACAGCCACACAGAGCCCCAAUUGAGUUCAUCAGAAAAAAAGGUUUUUGGAGAGCCUCUGCUGUCUCACCUUGAGAGCUGUGGAAGAAAUAUUGCUGUCCCUAUUGAGGAGUGUGUCAGCAUGCUGAUACGUACAGGACUCAGGGAAGAGGGUUUGUUCAGGCUGGCAGCUGCUGCAUCUGUUGUAAAAAAACUGAAAAACUGUCUGGAUUCAGGGACUGUUGACCAUAAUGAGUUCAGCUAUGACCCACAUGCUGUGGCAGGGGCUCUUAAGUGUUACUUGAGAGAGUUGCCUGAACCACUCUUGACAUUUGAGCUAUAUAAUGACUGGUUCAAAGCUGCAGCAGAAAAAGAAGCAGAUGAAAAAUUAAAGCAGUUGCGGACAGUGUUGCAAAAACUUCCCACAGAAAACUAUAACAACCUCAGAUACCUUGUUCAGUUCCUGUCACACUUGUCAGAGCAGCAAGCGGUGAACAAGAUGACACCCAGUAACAUUGCCAUAGUGCUUGGGCCUAAUCUACUGUGGCCUCGCUGCGAGGGAGAGACGUCAUUGCUGGACAUGGCAUCUGCCUCUUCGGUGCAAGUUGUGACUGUCAUAGAGCCACUUAUACAGUAUUGCAAGAGCCUCUUCCCUGAAGAGGCUGAUUUUGAGGUCCCAGAACUGCCUGAAAGCCCGAUCCCGAAAAUAUCCCAGAGACUUCUUUCUGACAGCAUCUUACCCUCUCCCCCUUUCUCAUCUGGUCGACCAUCCCUAUCAAAAACUGACAGCUCAGCAUCAUCUGAGGACCUUGGGGUGACAGUUGUGAAAUUUCAGGUGAACCGUGAUGCUGUUGUGUGGGACAACAUCGAUUCUAAUCCAACUGCUCAACUGCCUGCACAGAAUCACAUGCCUUCAGCACUUCCUCGUUACACUCCGGUACAAGCCCACAGCCAAUUGCAGGCUAAGACGCAGAGCUCCAGCCAAUCAGAGCCAAUUCAGGACCUGCCCUCCCAGUCCCAGGAGCCCACGCUGAAGAUCAGUGCUCCAUAUAAACCAAGGAGGUCUUUCAUCCAGCACAAGGCACCAAACCUUGCCAAAGGCCCUCCUGUGAGCCAGGCAGGCCCUUUCCCAGCAGGGCAGACGAGAGUGUUCCCUGUUCCUCUGCCAAGAGGCUCUGAAAUAAAACCACCACCUUCACCCAAGCUCGAAACCACUCAUGCUCCAUUGCCCACGUUGCCUGAAGGAGGACCACAAAAGAAACCCCAAGGCAGAAGACCUAAAGUUCCUCCUCCACAACCACCCCAAGCACUGAACAAGCAGCUCUCCUCUCCAGCUCAGUGAGUCAUGGAAAGGAAAGUCGACUGGGAAAAAGCACUGGACAGUCAAAAGUGGGACAGACAGAGGGAGCGGGAUCAGGAAAGGCCCAUGAGCCGGGACUCAAACUCAGGACGCCUGUCCCAAUCAGCGCCGAUAGUCACGUUUGAUCAAUUUAAUGUGUCCUUGCUGAAUAAUUUCGGUGCACACACAUUUUAGUUAGUAAUAGUUUGUUUUAUAUUUUCUUUUACCGCUUUCUACAAAAGAAUUUGCUUACAAAAACUGCACAUUCACAACUUUAUUUACAUUAGUGUGUACAGAUCUGAACUGAAUUAAUUAGUUAAUGCAGGAAGCAAGUAUCCUUUCAGAUGCUGUUCUUUCGUCUAAGAACUUUUUUCGUUUAAAAAAAAAAAAUGAUGUUCAUCAUGGAAACAUUCAUGAUUUUCCCAAGCUUUAUAAGGAUUUCAUUCAUUUUCGUGACCUUUCGAAGCAUAGAUAUCUCACACUGUAGUGACUGUAGUAUCUUCCAUCAGCCCUGCCUUCUGGAGUGACUUCUGUACACACAC